AUGACGCUUCCUUUAUUAUCAUUUCUCAUAAGUAAAAUGCAGCCGUCGACGAUGAUUUUGUGCACCGUAGGCAUCGUGUUCUCCAUAUUACUGACGUCGGUGGCGAAGGCUUCGAUCAUCAGCUGCCCGCCGAGCUCUCUGCAAGAGCAAAUGAACCCGAAACUGAGCCAGCUCUGCUACGCCAUCGAGCAGGCGGUCGAGAGCAUCCCCAAACAAUAUGGCGAUCGACUGGACGAGCGGAACGCCAAUUUGAUGAACACCAAGAGGCAGGACGUGGAUCACGUGUUCCUGAGAUUCGGCAGAAGAUACGGAUUGGUGUUCAACAUUUAUCCAGUAAACAACGGAAAACUUCAUGGAUCAAGUAUGCACUGUACAAGUUUAUUUGUCGUAUGGAUAGCAGCAGUGAUGUACUUUCUACAUGCAAGUGCAUCAUCGUUACUGUCAUGUCCCCCGAGUCAGUGGCAGGAAGAGCAGAACCCGCAGAUCAAGCAAAUUUGCCAGGCGAUAGAAAAUUCCAUAGAGGAGACGCUUCGGAAGAACAUGGACGAUUUUUGCAAACCAUGCCAAAAUGCACCGGAGAAAAGAACAACCAGGAAUGACAUCGACCACAUUAUACUGAGAUUCGGGAAACGGACAAGGAUUUGAGUUAUCGAACUGGCAGUUUAUAUUUAAAAAUACAAUAUACCGU